GGUGGAACGGAGCUAAGUCAGAACCACAAUAGCCAGGCCAGGAAACUACAACUCCCAGGGCGUUUCGGAGCACGGCAGCUGGUCUACGGGAAGUGGCAGGCUCAGACCAGCGGGAGGCAAUCCGGGGUAUCUGAGUGCAAAAUCCUGGGUCAGGAGCCGCAGGCAUGCUGCGCCCCAAGGCUUUGACCCAGGUGCUAAGCCAGGCCAACACUGGAGGAGUUCAGAGCACCCUGCUGCUGAAUAAUGAGGGAUCGCUGCUGGCCUAUUCGGGUUACGGAGACACGGACGCCCGGGUCACCGCAGCCAUUGCAAGUAACAUCUGGGCCGCCUACGACCGGAACGGGAACCAAGCAUUUAACGAAGACAAUCUCAAAUUCAUCCUCAUGGACUGCAUGGAGGGCCGCGUGGCCAUCACCCGAGUGGCCAACCUUCUGCUUUGUAUGUAUGCCAAGGAGACUGUGGGCUUCGGAAUGCUCAAGGCCAAGGCCCAGGCCUUGGUGCAGUACUUGGAGGAUCCCCUCACCCAAGUAGCGGCAUCAUAAAGGUUUAUCGAUGGAAGCUGAGAUCAGAAAAGAGAUGACCAUUUAGAGGGGCAGGGCCCCUUGGGAAAACCUACUUGAGCUGUGGUGGGAGGAUGAGACUUUGUUUGUCCCAGAAUAAACUUAAACUCCUAUCUUGUG